UUUGUUGACGUUUAUUUGGACCAGAAGAGUUCUAGUCAUUGCAUGCGUCGCUAAUGUAAUAUCUACUCGUUAUUCUGCUACACCUAUCUUUAAUAUUUGACGACGCUGUCUUGAGCGGAAGCGAAAAAGAUGUAUCGAUUGACCUCAAGAGCCGCUGUCAGUCUGUUGACGUUUUCAUCGCUAGCGUGUUUUAUGCUGAUAUUAUCUGCACAAACAUCAGAAGCUAAGAAUUCAGAAGACAUCAGGUGCAAAUGUAUCUGUCCACCUUAUAAGGACAUUGCUGGGCUGAUCUACAACCAAAACGUUUCCUUGAAGGACUGUAAUUGCCUUCAUGUGGUGGAGCCGAUGCCCGUUGAAGGCAAAGAUGUGGAGGCUUACUGUUUACGCUGUGAAUGCAAAUAUGAAGAAAGGAGCUCUGGAACCAUCAAAGUAAGUUCAACGGCACCUAUUAUAGCAUAUCUGUCUAUUCUGGGCCUUCUGUUACUGUAUAUGGUCUACCUGACGCUGUUGGAGCCUAUACUGAAGAGAAGGCUGUUUGGCCAUUCACAGCUCAUUCAGAGUGACGAUGAUGUUGGGGACCAGCAGCCCUUUGCUAACGCCCAUGAUGUGCUUUCCCGUUCUCGCUCUCGCUCCAACAUGCUAAACAAAGUAGAGCACGCUCAGCAGCGCUGGAAGAGGCAGGUCCAAGAGCAGCGCAAAUCUGUCUUCGACCGCCACGUGGUGCUUAGCUAAAAGCCUUCACAGUCUGGACUGUAAUAUGCGGGUUCUGGUAUUGUGCUAAAUGCUGGGUCUUCUCCAUGAAGUCCGGCCCAUCUCAUUGGUCUGCCUGAGCAACCCCCAGUGACUCCAGUGUGUACAUUUCUUUUUGAUGUGUAGGUUUGUCGUCUUGACCAAUGUGUGCGACUAAACCUUGUUUAUUAUUAGAGUUCGCUUGAUACAGACAGUUUCCAUUAAUUAUCGCUCUCUGCACUCUGAAAUUAGCAAACAAAACAAAAAAAGUUUACUUCUAUUGCAGUCCAGUCGCACUGAAUUUGAUGUUGGGAUAGAAGUGCCAGUUUCCUCAUAAAAUUUGGUGAUCAAGUUAUUCAUUAAAUCUUUUUAUAUAAAUGUCAGAAUUGUUACUAAACACAAACUAUAAAUUUCCAGUCUUAUUGUACAGUGUAAAAUAACCCCCUCUCUCUUCUCUUCUUACUCUUCUCUUUUUUACCUUAUUGGUUUAGUCAACUGUUAUAUGUAAAUAAUCAGUGAAUGUGUUUUGUCCUUGUUCCCAAAUUAUAUGCUGAAUGACUAAC